AUGGAUGGCUUUAUAUCCGCCUCUAGUUACUCUGCAAAGAAGACUACCAUGGUUCUCUUCAUCAAUGUGGAUUGCUCUCCUGUUAGUUCACUAUCUGCAAACAAAGCUUCCUGUGUAAACACAUCAACUUCUGGGUCGCAAAAAAUACCUGUAAAUAAGAUGGUGCGGACAGAUUCACAGGAUCCUUCUAAGAGGAUGCAUGCUUAUUUUCAAGCUAAGCCUCAGUUGCUUAUGCUGUUAGGGCCUUUCAUUGAUUCGGAGCACCCCGAGAUCAAGAAAGGAGCUUUAAACAGGACUUAUGAUGAUUUAUUCUGUCUUGAAAUCCUUAGGAGGCUUCAAGAUUAUGUGGAAUAUAUGGGCUCUGCUGCACGUGUGAUUCUUGUGCCAUCUAUAUGCGAUGCACAUCAUGAUUAUGUAUUUCCUUAG